AUGAAAAUGGGAUCUGCGAAACGGAAAAGCUCCUUUCGGAUCGAUGACAUUUUGCAUCAGCAGCGCGCAGAACAGAAUCUACUGUACCAGCAUCAUGCUGCGUUGGCUUCUGGCCGGCCCCAUACAGAUGGCCCGGAAGGGAUUCCGGCGGAGGCUUCUGCAUCGCUCCUCUACCCGUCAACUCCUGCCGGCGGUUACGGUAGCUGUGCGCCGAUGCCACCAACCAUGCCAGUGGACUGCAGUGCAAGUGGUCGGCAUCGAAAUAGUUCCUCGCCCAGUUUAGCCGCUCAGCCAAGUCAUGGUGAUAGCAGUGCACCAUCACCGGUUUCCAUUGGUCGGUCGGAUUCACCCAAAAAACCGACGGCCGUGUAUCCUGGCCUGUUGGAUUUUUCCAAAAACAUGAUUCCCCUCCCACUGCAGCUCGGUGUACCGACGUUCAAUCCGAUUAACGCGGCCUACUUGGAGCAUUAUGCGUCUGUGCUACACAAAGCAACUCCCCGCGUGUGGCCAUUCUAUGCCCAUCCCUACAGCUACCUCCUGCCUGCCUGCGGUUCCAAGCGCAAGGGCGGCCAGGUGCGCUUCACACCGCAACAAACGCAAAGCCUGGAGAAGCGCUUCUCCAACCACAAGUACCUGUCGCCGGAAGAUCGUCGGAAUUUGGCGAUCCAGCUGAAGCUCAGCGAUCGACAGGUGAAAACAUGGUUCCAGAACCGGCGUGCCAAGUGGCGACGGGCAAACAGUGGCUGCCAGUCGGUGGACGGAGAAGGUUCGGCCUCAGGUGCCUCAACCGCUUCCGGCUAUCCAAGCCAUUCGCACAAAUAUUCGAACGGCGGAGACAGUGGUCCGACAGGUGGUGCUCGAGCAGCGGCCACUAGAAAUGGAUUCGAAUACAAGAGCAGCGAUGGUUACUCGGAUCACGACGAAGACGCCUCGUCCGGUGGUAGUGAAGAUCCCGAUGAUGAGGAUGACGAUGAACCGGCCUCACCGAUCAAUGUCAUCUAG